CCUUGUUGGCCUCAACAGAAAUAUGGCAGAGGUCAGUCAUUGUGCUGACUGUAUUAGAUCUGACAAGAAGUCGAAUGCAACAGAAUGGUGCCAAAACUGUUCAGAAAAGAUUUGCUUAGCGUGCUCAAGAAUUCAUCGCCAGUUUAUACCUCCACACAAAGUUGUGCGCACAGAAGAAGUUGCUAAUCUUCUAAGCUCCAUCACAAAAGAAUCCAAAUUCUGUGAAUAUCAUCCAGAUGAAAAGGCUGUUUUAUUUUGUUGUCAGCACGAUUCAAUAAUAUGCAGUCUAUGUGUACAUCAGACGCAUCAAAAUUGCGAUCGUAUUAUAUCCAUUGAAAGAGCAUCAAAGGGUGUUAAGUCUGCCACAGCAUUAGAGGACAUAGAGAGACGAAUUAAGCAUAUACAUGAAGUAAUGUUAAGAAUUUCAACUGAAUUAAAAAAUUCACGCUCCCGCCUAAUUGACAAAGAAGAAAAAAUCAAAUCAACUGUUAAAGAUUUCCGAAAAAAGGUUAAUGAAUAUUUCGAUAAAAUUGAAAGAGAACUUAUUGAAGAAAUGGAUAAAAUAUGCAAUCAUUGUCAAACAAGUAUGAGUCAACAGAUAUCAAAAUUAGAAGCAGAAUGUGCAGAAUUAACAGGUUAUAGUGAUAUUAUUUCAGAUCUGAAAAAGCAAGGAUCUGAAAUUAAUUUGUUCCAGACAAUUAAGAUGUUAGACAGAAAAACACAUGAGCAGGAAAUACAUAUUCAAGAGCGAGCGACAGUCUAUAAUACAUUCGAAUUUUUGCCGCUGGAAAAGCUUACCGAAUUUAACACAACUAUUCCGUCAUUUGGAAGUGUACAUUGCACAACUGAACCAUUAAUAAUACCGUCCAUUAUGCAAACUGAACAACAAGGCCAAUAUCCUGCUCAUCCUGUGAACCAUAAAAUUCAAAUGAUUUCAACAUUGAAUAUGGAGAAGUUACCGGGUGAAAAUUUAAUAGUUUUAGAGUCACGUUUUUUACCAGAAGGAAACAUAAUUCUAUGUUUUAUGAAUAAAAAAUUUGUUCUCGUUUGCAAAAUUGACGGGUCUGGUUUAGAAAAAUUAGAAUUAGAUUAUGAACCAAAAAGAGUAGCAGUGGUCGAUAGCAAAAGGGUCUAUACUUUAAAUGAAAAAGGUAUAGAUAUGAUUCUACUGAAACCAUUGGAAUCGGGCAAAGAAAUCCUACGAAGUGGUAAUUUAUAUGCAAUAUCGUGCUCAAAAGACCUUAUUUGUGUAAGCAGCCACCUCAAGUUAACAUUAGUUAAUAUUGAUGGCCAAAUCAUUCGAGAAAUGAAAAUUAAUUUCGAUCCAAGGGACAUCUUCCUAUGUGAAGACCGACAUAUUUACUGCUCCCUUGCUAUACAUCCUAUCAUUAACGUUGUAGAUCCGAACGGAAAAUCUAGAUACUUCCACCGUGAUAAAUAUCUUUUGAAUGCAAUAGGCAUUGUUGUCAAUGAUAAUGGUGACGUGUUUUCAUGUAGCAGUAAAUACAAUUGUGUCUUUAAGAUUUGUCAAGAUCGAAGUAAAAGCACCGUGAUUUUAAAUGUGGCAGAUGGUGUUUCUAAUCUUACUGGGUUUGAUUUCUGCAUUGAGUCGAAAGAGGUCUUAGUCAUAAGUAAUAAUGGCAAAUCUGUCAGUAUUUUCAAAAGCCGAACUUAAGGGAAGAUAGAAUACAACAGUUACCAAACCUCACCACUUUUACCAUUAAAAGGAAGUGUCAUCGAAUCAAGUGCACGUAGAAAAUAAUGAAGUAUUAUAAUUCAUUAUUUAUUAAACAACGUUCAUCAACAUUGUCUUAUGAAAUGAGUUUCGUUUCAGUAAAUUGAAAAAUCAUGUACAGAAUAACAGAAAAAAACGGGCGUGUGUACGCACAAGAAACACAGUCGUGAGAGGACACAAAAUGUGUGUCCUGUAUUCAUCCGUCCUUCCUCUAAAGGAGUACAUUCAUUAUUCACCCAAAUUCGUCUUCUCCAUGAAUCAAGGUAGAAUGUGUUAUCUUGUAAAAUACCUACACAUACUUCUAUUGAACCAGUUUCAGGAUUUUUAUUAUUAUGCACCAAAAUGACGAAUGGUAAAAUUGAGUCAAUUUUGUGAAAAUUUAAAUAUACAGUGCACUGUUUGUCCUCUCAUGUCCUCCUAUAGAUUUUAGCUACAAAGUUUAUGCACAUACUGAAGGUGUUCCUAUUGUUACGAUUUUUAGUUAAGUGAAUAAAUGAUCAUUAACAAAAGAGGAGCAUUUGAAUUUUGUAGCCCUUUUGAAAGAACACGUGCACUGAUUGUCCACUAAACUCCGCAAACAGUUGUCCAUAAAGAAGGUUUUUUUAUUUUGCGGAUAACAUAUUUAGAAACAUGUUAUAUCUUUUGUCUUUUGCAAUUUGUGCACUAGUGUUCACUCGACUUUUACAGUUGUUUAAAAUUUUGCAGAAUGUAUAUACACAUCAUAAUGAUGAGCACAUUGUCAAGAUUUUUAUUUUACUGAAUUAUUAACAGACUCAGAAUAAUUUAACUUAGUCAAUUUUGGCUAAAUAUUUCAUAUAAGGUACACAUUUUAUCCGCUCAACUCUUGCAGUUUCCAACAAUGGCUUGCAGUUAAAAGCAACUGUUGUUUAUAGAAGGAACAUGCAGUAUAUCGUUUUGAUCAUUUUUUCAUUUCUUAAUAAAAAUUCAAACACAUUU